CUAUGUUAUUUUAAUAUUUUGGAAAAUUUCAGAUUUUAUUAAAUAUGGAAAAUCCUGGUUCUAAUCGUGAGGUAUCUGAUGUAGAACUUGCAUUGGAGGAUGUUGGCCAUUGUGGAUUGUACCAUGUAUGGCUGAUAUUGCUGAUGGCAUUGCCGAAUAUCCUUGUUGGGGCACAUAUGGGGUCUUCUGUGUUUUUAGCAAUGAUUCCAACCCAUUAUUGCAUCACAGAACAAGCAGAUAAAAUUUCGAACGUUUGUAAUAUAACAUGGGUGGAGGAGUAUAAUGAGAUGAUAUUGGGUGAAAAGUCUUCAUGUAAUAUGAUCUAUUACUCCAAUACUUCAACCAUUGAUUGCUCUAUCUGGCAACAGAACAUUCAAAACCAAACCAUCCUGACUCCCAUGCCUGAGACUCGAACCUGCGACGCUUGGGUCUUUGAUCAUUCAGUUAUGAAGACCACAAUUGCCACUGAGUUUGGCCUUGUAUGCGGAAAUAUAUGGGCAAGCUAUGUAACACAGUCUAUCUUUAUGGCUGGGGUGUUGGUUGGGAACAUAUUCAUUGGAUUGACUUCGGACAGAUUUGGAAGACGAGUUGCUUUCCUUGUAAGUGCUGUUGGAUCUGUUACGUUUGGAAUUGCUACAGCGUUUGCAGAUUCGUUCGUAACAUUCUGUAUUCUUAAUGGCUUGACUGGAAUAUUCGUCUACUGCAUGUUUCCUGUGCUGUUUACGCUAGUAUCUGAGCUUGUAGUAGCUCGGUAUCGUGCAGCACUUGCACAAUUUGCUGAGGCAGGCUUUGGUACGGGGUUCAUGAUGUUAGCACUUGUUGCCGUGUUCACCAGAGAUUGGAGAAGAUUGCAACUCGCCAUUUCCGCUCCCAUUGCUGUUUCCCUCAUUGUAUGGUGGGUUUUACCUGAGUCACCUCGAUGGCUGAUACUUAACGACCAGCGUAAGGAAGCGAAUGAAAUAAUCGGGCGGAUGAAACAAGUGAAUAACCUGACAACUGGAUGCCAACGUAACCAAGAUGGCGAGGCCACUGGAUGUGAAGAAAUGAAAACAUUCUCUUCGAAAACUUUGGAUAAUGAUGUCAUUGUGACAUCAUCAAAUGUUUACGGGUUCCUAGACUUGGUCCGGACAUCAAAUUUAAGGAGAGUUUCAAUCAUCCAGUUUUAUCAAUGGUUUGCAGUAUCAUGUGUAUACUAUGGGCUCACCCUCAAUGCAGCAGAAUUAGGAGGAGACGCUUUCCUCAACUUUUUCCUCAUUGCUCUUGUGGAAGUGAUAGGAGUAUUUCUAGUGAUCCCAUUGGUCGAGAAAGCUGGGCGUGUCCCAUGCUCUAGCCUAUCAGAGGUCGUAGCUGGAAUCUUCUGUAUUUUAAUGUCUUACAUACCAAAAGAUAUUUCUUGGUUGUACAUCGGCUGCUCUCUAGUUGGUAAGUUUGCCAUAACUGUUGCAUUCAGCGUCAUGUACAUUCAUAUCAGUGAGCUGUACCCUACCCCUGUCAGGAGUGUUGCAAGUGGAGCUUGUAACGCAUGGGCAAGGUUGGGCGCCAUCGCGUCACCUGUCAUUGCAAUGUUACGACUCCUGGUACCAGAUCUACCAUACAUUGUGUUUGGUAUAUUGUCCAUUAUAUCAGGUAUAUUAAUACUUAUGACUACUGAAACAUCCAAACAACAGUUGCUCCCAACAUUAGAAGAAGGGGAAAGAUUCUUGGCUUCAAACCCAGGACCUUUAGUUACAAUGUGGAGAAAACUUAAAUCAAGGCGCUAAAAGUUUAACCCUAUGUUUUAUUUGGGUGAGGAUGAGAACUGGUAUUUAGACAGAUUUGGCAUAUUAUUCACAAACAACAGUCGUUAUAAUAACACAGCUGUUCUGUUUGAUUCACCUCGUGC